ACAACAUAACGUCUAAAAUAUCCAGGAUACAAUGCAAAAUGACUCAGCAUACAAAAAAUACAAUGAAUUUUCAAGAGAAAAAGUAACCAACAAAUGGAAACUCCAAGAUGAUCCAGAUGUUAGAAUUAUCAGUGACCGAGUUCUCACGAGAUCUGAUGGUUUUAUGAGGGGCUUUUCUCCCUUUGCUCAGCGCUUCUCUCUCCUGCCACCUUGUGAAGGAGAAUGUGUUUGCUUCCCCUUCCGGAGACUGAACUGCAGGAAGGACCAUCCUACUUUUUCCCUCAGGCUUCCAGCCGGAAGUAGAUUCUAGGUAGAGGAUAACUCAUCACCACAUAAUACAUUGGAAAAAGAUGAUGGUAUUUUUUCUCAGAGUUGUUUCUUGACUACAUCACAGUGGUGAAACAUGCACUCACACCCCUGUGGACUCAGGUAAGCCAUCCCAAGAGUUUCCUCCCCGUGGACUCAGGUAAGCCAUCCCAAGAGUUUCCUCCUUCUUCUUCAUUGUGGGCCUAUGGCAGUGUGUUUCGUUUGCUGAUGCAUAUACCUUUACAUACAAAGCUAUCAUGGAAAUUCACAGGCAUGCACACAUCUGAAUAGAAAGGCUAUAACAUCAUGUGAUAAGUUCAUGUCCAGCCAACCAGUUAUCCCGGCUGGGCACCAGUGCCAGUAAAUGAGAGUGAUUUGGGCAGCUAGUCAACUUUUAUUCAGUCAGCUGUCUCAUGCGUCCGUGUGAAGAGACCACCAAACAGGCUUUGUGUGAGCAACAUGGCUGUUUAUUUCACCUGGGUGCAGGCGGGCUGAGUCCGAAAAGAGAGUCGGCAAAGGGUGGUGGGAUUGUCAUUGGUUCUUACAGUUUUUCGGAUAGGAGGUGGAGUUAAAAUGUUUUGGGGGAAGGGGGUAGAUCUCACAAAGUACAUUCUCAAGGGUGGGGAGAAUUACAAAGAAACUUCUUAAGGGUGGGGGAGAUUAUAAAGAACAUUGAUCAGUUAGGGUGGGGCAGAAACAAAUCACAAUGGUGGAAUGUCAUCAGCUAAGCUAUUUUCACUUCUGUGGAUCUUCAGUUGCUUCAGGCCAGCUGGAUGUAUACGUGCAGGUCACUGGGGAUAUGAUGGCUUAGCUUGGGCUCAGAGUCCUGACAUCAGCCAUUCUUGCAACCUGGUAAGGAGUUCUGCUAAUCACACACAUUCCACCUUGUACACGAGGGCCAAACUUCCUUUUGGUGAAGAAGUAUAAACCUCUAAAAUUGACUUGGAUCUCCAGGUCCACCUAGCCCAUUCUUUGUGGAGUUCCCUUGCUGUUCUAGUCUAUCAGCUUAGGCUGAGUCAAAUAUCUCAAUAGGUUGCCCAGCUAUGAGCCAACACCCUCCUCUGCAGCCCUCCCACAUCUCAGCUUGCAGGGAAGCCAGCGAGGGCAGCGUGGUGAUGUCACUGCGUCCGCACGCGCCCCGCCCCUGAGCAGUCUCCUUGGCAACCACUUGCUCCUCCCCCUCCGCCCCUUUAACCUUUAGGGUGCGCGGGUGCAGUAUAUCUCGCGCUCUCUCCCCUUUCCCCCUCCCCUUUCCCCACCCCGGGCGCUCAGGUUGGUCUGGACCGGAAGCGAAGAUGGCGACUUCUGGCGCGGCCUCGGCGGAGCUGGUGAUCGGCUGGUGCAUAUUCGGCCUCUUACUACUGGCUAUUUUGGCAUUCUGCUGGAUAUAUGUUCGUAAAUACCAAAGUCGGCGGGAAAGUGAAGUUGUCUCCACCAUAACAGCAAUUUUUUCUCUAGCAAUUGCACUUAUCACAUCAGCACUUCUACCAGUGGAUAUAUUUUUGGUUUCUUACAUGAAAAAUCAAAAUGGUACAUUUAAGGACUGGGCUAAUGCUAAUGUCAGCAGACAGAUUGAGGACACUGUAUUAUACGGUUACUAUACUUUAUAUUCUGUUAUAUUGUUCUGUGUGUUCUUCUGGAUCCCUUUUGUCUACUUCUAUUAUGAAGAAAAGGAUGAUGAUGAUACUAGUAAAUGUACUCAAAUUAAAACGGCACUCAAGUAUACUUUGGGAUUUGUUGUGAUUUGUGCACUGCUUCUUUUAGUUGGUGCCUUUGUUCCAUUGAAUGUUCCCAAUAACAAAAAUUCUACAGAGUGGGAAAAAGUGAAGUCCCUAUUUGAAGAACUUGGAAGUAGUCAUGGUUUAGCUGCAUUGUCAUUUUCUAUCAGUUCUCUGACCUUGAUUGGAAUGUUGGCAGCUAUAACUUACACAGCCUAUGGCAUGUCUGCGUUACCUUUGAAUCUGAUAAAAGGCACUAGAAGCGCUGCUUAUGAACGUUUAGAAAACACUGAAGACAUUGAAGAAGUAGAACAACACAUUCAAACGAUUAAAUCAAAAAGCAAAGAUGGUCGACCUUUGCCAGCAAGGGAUAAACGCGCCUUAAAACAAUUUGAAGAAAGGUUACGAACACUUAAGAAGAGAGAGAGACAUUUAGAAUUCAUUGAAAACAGCUGGUGGACAAAAUUUUGUGGCGCUCUGCGUCCCCUGAAGAUCGUCUGGGGAAUAUUUUUCAUCUUAGUUGCAUUGCUGUUUGUAAUUUCUCUCUUCUUGUCAAAUUUAGAUAAAGCUCUUCAUUCAGCUGGAAUAGAUUCUGGUUUCAUAAUUUUUGGAGCUAACCUGAGUAAUCCACUGAAUAUGCUUUUGCCUUUACUACAAACAGUUUUCCCUCUUGAUUAUAUUCUUAUAACAAUUAUUAUUAUGUACUUUAUUUUUACUUCAAUGGCAGGAAUUCGAAAUAUUGGCAUAUGGUUCUUUUGGAUUAGAUUAUAUAAAAUCAGAAGAGGUAGAACCAGGCCCCAAGCACUCCUUUUUCUCUGCAUGAUACUUCUGCUUAUUGUCCUUCACACUAGCUACAUGAUUUAUAGUCUUGCUCCCCAAUAUGUUAUGUAUGGAAGCCAAAAUUACUUAAUAGAGACUAAUAUAACUUCUGAUAAUCAUAAAGGCAAUUCAACCCUUUCUGUGCCAAAGAGAUGUGAUGCAGAUGCUCCUGAAGAUCAGUGUACUGUUACCCGGACAUACCUAUUCCUUCACAAGUUCUGGUUCUUCAGUGCUGCUUACUAUUUUGGUAACUGGGCCUUUCUUGGGGUAUUUUUGAUUGGAUUAAUUGUAUCCUGUUGUAAAGGGAAGAAAUCGGUUAUUGAAGGAGUAGAUGAAGAUUCAGACAUAAGUGAUGAUGAGCCCUCUGUCUAUUCUGCUUGACAGCCUUCUGUCUUAAAGGUUUUAUAAUGCUGACUGAAUAUCCGUUAUGCAUUUUUAAAGUAUUAAACUAACAUUAGGAUGAGCUAACUAGCUUUCAUCAAAAAUGGGAGCAUGGCUAUAAGACAACUAUAUUUUAUUAUAUGUUUUCUGAAGUAACAUUGUAUCAUAGAUUAACAUUUUAAAUUACCAUAAUAAUGCUAUGUAAAUAUAAGACUACUGGCUUUGUGAGGGAAUGUUUGUGCAAAAUUUUUUCCUCUAAUGUAUAAUAGUGUUAAAUUGAUUAAAAAUCUUCCAGAAUUAAUAUUCCCUUUUGUCACUUUUUGAAAACAUAAUAAAUCAUUUGUAUCUGUGC